AUGGAAGUGCUGCUGACAAGAUGCAAAGCACUGCCUGCCCUGGCCACCUGCAGCCAUCAGCUCUUGCAGUAUGCUCCUCAGAGGUUUCACCACUGUGCCCCCAGGAGAGGGAAGCGCUUGGUGCUGUCCCGCAUGUUCCAGCCCCAGAAACUUCGGGAAGACCAGGUGCUCUCUCUCGAGGGCAGAUCUGGCGACCUGACCUGUAAGAGCCAGCGGCUGAUGCUGCAGGUGGGCCUCAUCCACCCGGCAAGCCCUGGAUGUUACCACCUCCUGCCUUACACUGUCCGUGCCAUGGAGAAGCUGGUGCGCGUGAUAGAUCAGGAGAUGCAGACCAUCGGGGGACAGAAGGUCAACAUGCCCAGCCUCAGCCCAGCAGAGCUCUGGCGAGCCACCAACCGGUGGGACUCAAUGGGCAGGGAGCUGCUAAGACUUAGAGACAGACACGGCAAGGAGUACUGCUUAGGACCAACCCACGAGGAAGCCAUUACAGCCCUGAUCGCCUCCCAGAAGACACUGUCCUACAAGCAGCUCCCGUUCCUGCUGUACCAGGUGACGAGGAAGUUUCGGGAUGAGCCCAGACCCCGCUUUGGUCUUCUCCGCGGCCGAGAGUUUUACAUGAAGGACAUGUACACCUUCGACUCCUCCCCCGAGGCAGCCCAGCUGACCUACAGCCUGGUGUGUGAUGCCUACAGCAGCCUGUUCAACAGGCUGGGGCUGCGAUGCGUCAAGGUCCAGGCCGACGUGGGCAGCAUCGGGGGCACGAUGUCCCACGAGUUCCAGCUGCCAGUGGACAUCGGGGAGGACCGACUUGUACUCUGUCCCAGCUGCCACUUCUCUGCCAAUGUGGAGACUCUGGACUCGUCACAGACAAACUGCCCUGCUUGCCAGGGGCCACUGACCGAAACCAAAGGCAUCGAGGUAGGGCACACGUUUUACCUGGGCACCAAGUACUCCUCUGUUUUCAAUGCCCAGUUCAUCAAUGUCCACGGCAAGCCAUCCCUGGCUGAAAUGGGGUGUUACGGCUUGGGCGUGACACGGAUCUUGGCCGCUGCCAUUGAAGUUCUCUCUACAGAAGACUGCAUCCGCUGGCCUAGCCUCCUGGCCCCUUACCAAGUCUGCCUCAUCCCCCCCAAGAAGGGCAGUAAGGAGGAGGCGGCCGCAGAGCUCGCAGGGCAUCUUUACGACCACAUCACAGAAGCGGUGCCACAGCUCCAAGGGGAGGUCCUGCUGGACAACAGGACCCAUCUGACCAUUGGGAACAGACUGAAAGACGCCAACAAGUUCGGCUACCCCUUUGUGAUCAUUGCUGCCAAGAGGGCCCUGGAAGACCCUGCACAUUUUGAGGUUUGGUGCCAGAAUACCGGAGACGUGGUCUUCCUUACCAGAGAGGGAGUCCUGGAAUUACUGAGCCGAGUGCAGGUUGUCUGAACCACCCCCUGGACGCCUCCCACCGUAUCUCACAGGCUUGGUGUUCACUGAAAUGCUGCCUUUCCUGUACUGCUCUCCGGAGCUG